AUGUCUUCCUACUACGAUGACUUUUUCCCAGGUGGCUACUGGGGCAACUGCGGCUACCCCCUGGGAUAUAGCGUGGGCUGUGGCUACGGGAGCACCUUCUCCCCCGUGGGCUACGGCCUGGGCUACGGCUAUGCCGGCUGCCGGCCCUUCGGCUACGGAAGAUAUUGUCGGAUGACUGCCAAUAAAAGUGUUCCAGCCAAUGCAGCCACCCUGGUGUGUGGGUCUUGUGCUUUCGGUGUCCAGUGA